CUUUUUUAUAUCCUAUUUAUUUAAUUAUUGGUUAAGCUAAGCUUUUGUUAAUAAAUUAUAUAAAUUUUAUUAUCAUCUUAAAAUUAAUUAAUAUAAAUAAAAAAGAUAAUUUUAAUUUAGAUCGAGAGGUUGACAUGACAUUUCAUUUCGAUUUUGCAUUAACAAAACAUGAGGGUUGUUUUUAAAAGGAAAAAAGAAGAGUAAUGUAAAAGGAAGGGGGAGGUUGGGCCUCCGAAUUUUCUAUGUUAUCGUAUUUCUGCAUCUUCUUGUCAUUGGUCUUUUCUUCUAAUCUUAAUUUUUCAGGUACACUAACAAACCAACGCACCCCAUUCUUCUGACAAUUCGAUCUUCUCUUUGGAUUUUUGUAAGUUCAGAUAUGGCUACAGAGGAAGAUCUUGAUCUAUCAUCUUUGAAAAUUCAGCUCAGUGAAACAAAUGAAACUUGGAAGCAAGAAAUGGAAAAGCGCCAAUCAGAAGUAGAUGUGUUGCAAGCAAAGCUUAUGGAGGUGAAGGCUUCUAUAGAAGGGUCUGAGGAAGACUCAAGAAAGGAGCUAGAGGUUCUCUGGCGAAGAGUUAAGACAACUUCUACAUUGUUAACAUACUUGAAAUCAAAAGCAAGAAUGUUAGCAGUUCCUCAUUUGGCUCAUUCUUCGUGUGGUAUUAAACAUUUAGAAGGGGUAGGAUUGGUUGACAAAAGUGGAACACCACUGUCUGGUUGGUCUAAAAGUAUUGAUCUUUCUUCAUUUGAUGGUACUGAAGAAGAAUCCUUGAUUGGUAUUGGAAAGCCAUGUGGAUUACUAGAUGAACAAGAUGCAGUUUAUAUCGGUCAAAUACUCAAGUCUGUUCAGAUGGUUUCAGAUGUAAUGGAAGCACUUGUCAAGAGGGUUAUUUUGGCAGAAUCAGAAACUGCUGAAGAGAAGGAAAAAGUCCAUUUGGGUCGUGAGGAAAUUAAAAAAAAAUCAAUCCAGAUUGAGAACAUGUCAUCAAAACUGGAGGAAAUGGAACAAUUUGCUGUGGGUACAAAUGGUAUUCUAAAUGAAAUGCGGCAGAGAGUUGAGGAUCUGGUUGAAGAAACGUGUAGACAGAGGCAAAGAGCUGCUGAAAAUGAGCAGGAACUUUGUCGUGUUAAGAGGGACUUUGAGUCUUUGAAAUCAUAUGUCAGUAGUCUCAUCACUGUUAGGGAAACACUUUUAUCAUCAGAAAAACAAUUUCAGACAAUCGAGAGGCUGUUUGAACGGCUAGUUGCUAAGACCACUCAGUUGGAGGGUGAGAAAAUGCAGAAAGAAGUAGAAGUCCAGAAACUUAUGGAAGAAAACGUGAGGUUGAGUGCUCUUCUUGACAAGAAAGAGGCUCAACUUUUAGCUAUGAAUGAACAAUGCAAGGUAAUGGCCUUGAGUGCUUCACAUAUUUAAUCAAAACACUUGUUCCCCUUGCUCAUCAGCCUGGAUAGCAAGUAUUCGUCUCGGUUGACAAUCCGAGGCCCAAGCAACGCGGUGGCAGCGGUGGCAGAAUGGAGCAUCAGGUAUUCUUGCAUAUAUAAUGUAUUGUGAAAAACCCUUGUGAAGUUAGUUUAUUAUGUAGUUCCAUAGUCUCAGUUGUUGUAUCUGCUAUUGCGGAGAGAACUCACAGGGUUUUUCUUCAUUGGAGUUUAAACUUGGUUUGUGAAUACUUCCGAGAUCUGUAUGUAUGCUUCAAAAGUUGGUAUCUUUCUGCUCUUUAGUGCCUUACAUAAAUUUCCCUUUUAGCAUUA